CUCCGCAAACAUGCUUUUGUUUAUAAAUCGUAAAUUGUAACACUUUGAUCUUGUUAUCACCGGCAUUUAACCAAAGAAUCUUCAAUUUCUACAAGUGUCGUGCGUCCAAGUUCAUUUUUUGGGGGUCUGUACAUGAAACUUCAAAGUGCGAUAGUACUAGAUGACAGCUACUGAGAGGCACUCUACAAACUUUGCUGUUUUCCCUUUUUUUUCAUAGGAUGUUUCUCUAAAGUAAGACGUUUGCACUUCUAAGUUUUAAUCGCAUAUUAAAGGUGUUUGCAAUGGGGGUAUUAACCUUCGAUAAGUUCGUGACUGGGCAGGCCACAAAAUAAACUAAAAAAAACUUCUUCUCUGGAAGUCAACCUGAUAAGUGAGGAUUUUUCUAAAAGGUCUUAAAUACGACCACAAUAUGACCAGUUACGACCGCAAGGCGCCUGACAAUUCACAUCUGUCCAUCAAAAUUGUUUCAGAAAGUUUGAAAAGGUUUUGUCUCAGGAAACUGUGGUUGCAACAAAUUCCUCGCGAUCUUUACUCAAAAUAUUUACCUGCCUCUUUACGUAGCUGUUCUUUUUCUGGAAAAGAAAACAAGUAGAUGAAAAUAAUCGUGGGUUAUGUAACAGCAAUGUGCAGAUGCGGAUAUAUAAAGCUGAAGCAACAAAAUCUUUCAGUUUCGAGCCAUGCGCUGGAGCAAGAAAAAUAAAUUCUUAUAAUUACUAGGUAAUUAUCAUUUUGUCAAUUACUUGUUGUUAAUGAUACGGAAGUUAGUGUGGAAAUGAUGAGUGUUUCUUCAGGUCUUGCGUCUAGGUUUACAGAAAAAUCUUUUGCGUCCGGGCUUGGAGAUUGAAGUUUGAAUUCUCCGCUCCGGUGGCGCCAUUUUGCCUCAGUAUUUCAAUGGUCAACACUUGACAGCUUUUGUUUCCUUUUGUUAUAUACCUCAGCGUUGAUUGGCUGAUCGUGCCAUGAUAGACAAACGGUUUGCGUUUUCGACACGCAUGACACCAAGUAAACAGAGUGCGUAGAUUGGAAGAAAAAAUCUAUCAUGUCCUCAGAUGGGCCUCAGUGCACGGGGUAAAGCGGUUGACACGAUGGUUAGCGGCGAGAGUACAUCUCUUGUGGACUUUGUUAAAAUGACUAACCCCGGCUUGUUCGAUUUCCAGGAUGAAAUUCACUCAUUCAUCGAAGCACUGCUGCCACACGUUAAGUCGUUCGCGUAUACGUGGUUUAAUUUGCAAGCAAGAAAGCGAAAGCAUUACAAAAAACAUGAGGUGCGAAUGACUCCAGAAGAGGAACGCAGAUGCAAAGAGGAGCUCGAUGCUGAAGCUCCAGAAGUGAAGCAGAAAUGGGCCUCAAGGCUUCUGGCCAAGCUGCGAAAGGACAUUCGUCAAGAAUGCAGAGAGGACUUCGUGAUGUCGGUGGUUGGAAACAAACUCGGCUCGUCCUGCCGUUGCGUCAUUUCAAACCCCGAUCAGAAGGGGAAAAUGAGACGAAUAGACUGCCUCCGUCAAGCAGACAAAGUGUGGAGGCUGGACUUAGUAAUGGUAAUUUUGUUCCGAGGCAUACCCUUGGAAAGCACAGACGGUGAACGUCUAGGCAAGUCACAACACUGCCAAAACCAAACACUCUGCGUUCUGCCCAACCAUAUUACAGUGACAGUGCGAGAACUCGAUCUAUUUCUGGCUAAUUUCAUGUGCAAUCGAGGUAAGAAUUGCUCUUCUACUGGAUAGUUUAUUGUGUUCAAGUGUACAACAGACAUGGCCAGCUGCUGCAGUGCCAAAACAUUGCACCAACGAAGAUGAAUUUUGCCAAACUCUUGCUAUUCUCUCCUAUCAACAAGUUGGAGGUGCUAUGUUUCUCUUUAAUUAUUAAAAUCGAAAACUGUUUAAGUUCUUUGGGUGUGUAAUUUAAUCAUUUUAUUACUCAAACCAAACCGGGAUCCUUCUACCGUCUGUUUUAUUGUCUACCUUCAACCACAAUUAUUUCCUUAAAUUUUAUUCGCAGAGCACAAGCAGGAUUCCAACAGUCCGGUGCGAAGUUCUGCGGAUCCGGAAUCUCAUCAAAGUGAGUAUAAAUAUUUAAUGUCUUCUUUGUAGGACCUGUUCGCAUAUGUAUUUAAAGUGAAAAAUACAGAUAUUACGUGUACUUUGCGAACUGACAGCAAUUACCGAAGGUAUCCUUUUUUAAGCGCAAAUACUCCCUUGUUGUUGUUUUGUUAUGACACGUGCGUGCAUUUUAACAAUCCAAAUUAAUUCCCCCAUUCGGCUUUUGUUUUCGUUCUCGUUGCGUUAUUCGCUUGCAGUACCACGUUUCAUUGUUUUGGAAGUGAAAACCAAGCACUCUAUUUGGGCUCGCUUUAUAAGUCGUCGUAAAAUAAAGUGAACCCCUCGGGGCUCCACGUGGAAUGAGCUGUUGUUUUGCACACGCAUACUGGAUAGUUCCUUUCCCCCGCUAAAAAUCGUGACGGACUUUCCUUUUCAGAGUUAACCGACUAAAUUCCAGCGCGUGUUAUCAGCAUGUAAUACCGAUUACAUAAAACAGGUUUGGUUUAGUAAACAUAUAAUGCAUUGUUCUUUCGCCUCCACACGACGAAACCUUUAAAAGUUCGUGCGGAGCCGGAGAAAACAAGAUCGGUCAGUUUCGUAUUUCACCUUGAGUUUUCGCGGGUCGAUGGCAAUUCACGUUCCAUGACAUUCAUAUUAAUCUUUGUUUGUGCAGUAACGUGCUAAAGGAAUAAUGGUGUUGAUAGUUAACUUUGCUAUUUUUUGUCAGGAAUUCUCUUUCUCUUUCGCAAUGUACGGUCGACUUAAAUACUUCAUGUUGAGAGGAGCAAAAUGGCAGGGCUUGCAUCCUUUCGGUUUUUAAUGAACACCACUUGACUGAUAAAACAUGUUUAUGCAUAUUUAUAUUAUUUCGCUUCAGGUAAAUGCUUACAUUCCGUUAACCACGACAAGUAACUUGUGACAUUCUCUCUAUUGUUGUUAGUAUCAAUUUUGUUGGAACGCUUAUUUACAAUGUGUUUUCCGCUUUUGAAGUAUAAAACUCCUCCUAAAAAGUAAACGUGCCUUAAUUAAUUGUGAAGCACUUUUAGACCCUGAGCUCUAGAUUAUUCAAUUUUCGUGCAGAAUCAUGAUCGUGAUGCAUUGACAGAUGCAUCUAAUUCAUUAACUGGUAAAAGGAUAUUUUUGUGUGUUCCUAGUUUAUAAUACGUACACUUUGUACUGUGUGGGUUGAAGAGGAAAUUGAGCAGUGUCGUAUCAUUCGAACUCAUAAUUAAGUAAAAAAAGGCACUUGUACAAUAUAGCCAGAUACAUAUAGUUGACAGGAUGAACAAUCAGAGAUGUACAUUUCAUUACUGCUGGUUGUAACAAUCUAUUGUUUUUUUUUUCUGGUCGUGAAAUGAGAUGAAUGUAAGAGACAUGUUUUUGUGGUUGUCUUUAACGUGACCUGGUGAUCUGAUCCUUUUUACUUGAAUUCCUUCAAAGUGAAAUUCAACUCUUUGAGUUAGAAUAAUUUGCAAGGUCGUGACAUUGUUUUUCGUGUGGGAGUACAACACAUCUUUCAUCAUUCUUGGACCUUUUUGCUGUAGUUUCAUGCUUUUGCAUUCUAUCCAGUUCUUCUUUUCUUCUUUUCUGGGUUGAGAAGAUUACCCCAAGAAUAACAUUAAUUUUGUCCUGAAACCCACUCUGAUUGACGGAAGUCCUAAUAAUAAAAUAAUGCAAUUGGUGAAAACUAUUGUUGUGGAAGUGACUUGACAACUUAUUGUCUUGUAAAAUGUCACAAGGGUGUGAGAGAUAGUGGGUUGACGUGGUAAAACAAUCGAUGGUGUUUUAUGGGAUGAGUCAAGGUCAUGGCUUAAAAUGAACACCCUUUCAAAAUAUGAAAUCGUAGUGUUUUAGACUGCAAGAUUUAGCUUAACAUUCAUUUUAUGUAUUGAUACCCAUACCUGUUACUGCUCAUAACAUGGCAUUUUCAUUGUUUUGGGGAUAAAUAGGGUAGAGUAGUUGAGAUUAAAGUGGCUUUCGGGGAUUAAUGACAUAAUCUGACCUCAGCAUGUGUUUUGCAGUAAGAUGGUUCAAGAAUGUGAAAGAUGUUUAAAUGUUAGUAGUGCAUGCAAAACCGUAAACAAGCCGCUUUGUGCUUGUUUGAUCAGAUUCUACUGUAAGAGUUGUGAAAUCAGUGCCUGUUUUGAGCUUAUUGCAAAAGAGCAGAAGAAUAAAGCAUGUUCACUCCUGACCAUUACAUCUAUUGUUUGCUAUUAAAACACAUGUCACUGCUCUAAAUUAACCCUUUAACUCCUAACAUCAACAUGCAUCUUCUCCACACUGUUCUUCAUACAUUCCUUAUGGUCCUGCUUGAGAGAAUUUGUUCUAACAUCACAACAUUAGCGUGCAAAGAAAGUAGUAUCCUAAAGCCCGGGGCUAGCGGAUUUUUCUAUCGGGCUAGUGAAUUCUGUUAUUUACUAGCCCGACAGGCAAGUGAAGUGUUUUGAGGAAUUCAAAUUACAGAAGAACAGUGAAAUCAAUCUGCUCAUCAAAACGUUUUGGGGCUAGUUGAAAUGAUGUUUGAGCUAGUAAGUGUUAGUUUCAGCUUGCCCAAAUGGGAAGCUGUAAAAAUGACUUUCUUUGCACCCUGCAACAUUCCAUCUUUUGGUGAUCAUUUCAUCAGUUCUCAUGACCUGUCUGUUUGAUCAGACAGUGUUAUUGUUGGGAGAAAUUGGAUUUGGUUCACCAUUGGAGCUGGGUUUUAACAUGCCAGUUCAGUCAUUCUUUGCAGUAGUACAAAAAUGUGUUUGAAACACUUCUGAAUCUGAAUUUGUUCAUAUUUAAACACGCACAGGUUUGUUUAUGACAGCAAGUCAGUACACCUUAAACAUUAGUGAGUCUCGUUGACAGUCUCAGAAAAAAGUUAUUAAAAAAUAUAGUUAAGAUAAUAAGUUUAACCUUGUUAGUAUUGCAAAAGACCUAAUUUUAAACACACUCCAGACAUCAAAGUUUGGGCAUGCAUGCCAAUUGCAUAAUCACAUCUAAUUUUCGAUCAGUUCAAAGACAAUAUAUCCUGCAUUUCUGGCAACUUCACCUAAUUAUAUUUGAAAUGAUUGAAAGAGUUCCUGGUCGAGUUGUUUGUUUUCUAGAACAGUCAGAGCUACUGUGGAGCAAUUUAAGUUAAUUUUAAUGAGGUUCUUGAAACAUCCAUUUUUGGGUUAUUGUAUAAUUUUUACAGGUACUUUUAAAAAGAAACAUUUCUUAUUUUACUGGAGAGAAAAUUAAAGCUGGUAAAUGAAAAUACUAAUAAAGCAAUUAAUAAAAGUUAGAAAUUUUAAGUCGUAAUCAAUACUUGGAUUUGAAAUUAUUUUAUGCAUGUGCACUUAGAGUAGAGGUUUUAUGUACAUUUACUUCUGCUCAUGAACUAAGAAAAAAUUGCGCAAGUUGUCAGAUGAUUAUAGAAAGCAGUAAUUGUUUGAUGAAGCGGGUUGUCUCCUUUCUUAUAAUGUUGUUUAAUACAUCAAUUCCAUGGUCUGUAGUCUGACCUCAGUGGUGAGGUCCCAAUGCCAUGUUUUUUAAUCCUGCUUGAAAAAUGCAAAAUUUUGUACAAAGUGUGAAAGUGUUUAUUUUCUUUUUUAAGCUGUUCUUGCAAACACAACAGACAGCUUGCUUUGGUUGUACAUGUGUAAUCUCUUUCUACUUGGACUUCUUUUUUCAACUGUAAACAUGUAUCCUCAAUGUUAAAAAAAGAAAUUACUCUGUGUAGACAGUCUCGUCUUUAUGUGUCUAUUUGAGGUAUUCCCUCAUUGAAAAUCGCAUUGCAAUUUUUGCUUUCAAAAUGUAAGUAAUUAAAUAUUAUCAACAUGCAAUUUGUAGUUGCGAAUUAUUAUUGUUAAGUUGUGUGAAAUUUUUGGUAAAAAAGCCAACGUCAACAGAAAUUAUUUCCUCCAUCAAAAAAUGAUGAUUUUGUAAAGAAAAGUGCCAAUACGAAAAUAAGAAGAUCGGAGAAGCCCCUCAAAUUGAAUUGGAAUGAACAGCUAAAACAUGUUAAUGUCAGUAUUAUGUCAUUUCUACUCCCAGUUACUGUUUUUCAUUUGUAAAAAGUAUGAUGUAAUGUUGUAACUACGUGUUGUUUUUUUCUUAAAUGUGUGUUGUAUUCAAUGCAACUGUUACGCAACAUUGUAAUCAGCCUUUUUGUUCUCUUUGUUUGUUAUUAUCAAUCUUUGUUCAUUACACUUAUAUACUACCCCUAUUCUGUUUACAUCCUUUAACUAAUGAUAGAUGCUGACAUAUCCAAAACAUGUUUUCCAAACUCAAAUGUUGGGUCGUGUUUUUAAAAAUGCUUAAAUAAGAAAAUAUCUGUGCAGCAUACCAAGCAUUUUACAUCAUCAUGUCUACUGGAACAUGAUUGCAUGCACACAAAAAAUGUUUUUCUUAGCUUGAAUAUUUCACAGCUGUUAUAGAGUAUUUUGGAUGAAAGAUAAGGCAAACUUUACUAUCUUGCAGUUUGAUGUUAUUUCCUAAGGUAGUAAUAUUGACAGAAUUGUAUGUAGCAGUGUGAGGUGAAAAGAUAUAAUUGUUGUGUCAUGUACACAAUGUACAAUACUCAUCGCUGACUACAAAAGAGGAACUGCACAAGCCUCUCUCUGAUACAGGAAGAUAUGGUAGCUGUUUGAUUGUCAACAUAGUUUAUUUUAAGCCUGAAUUCUUGGCUGGAAUCAUUUUUCUUUCCAGAAGGAAAUGAAAGUGGAUUAAAAUUUCAAGGAUUCGAGACAAUGAGGCUAAAAAACUUGUUCUGUCACAUGGUUUUAUGUUGGGUGUUGCCAUGUUAUUUUUUAAAUGUCACACUUCACAAAUUUAUUAUUAUGCAGAGGAAAAACAGCUAGUACGACAUUUCAGAAUUAAAAGAGUAAUGCAUUGAGUUGUUUUAUUUGGACCAGAAACUUAUUUAAUAUCAAAUCAUUACUUUUUUAAUGUUGUAACACUUGAUUCACCCCUAAACUACAUUGAACUACUGCUGUAGCAUGCAUAAUAGUUUUUUUCAGGUCAGGAAAAUACAUGAAGUUCUCAUGGUUGAAACUCUUAUUUCUGCUUGUUUGCUAAGUUGAUGUGAAACUUAAUCAGAUAAGAUACUUUGCUUUUUAUAGCACAAGCAGGCAAGCUUAAAUUACAAAUAAUUUGACCUUAGUGAAAUUCAAAUUCUGAGUUUCCUUAUUUUCAGCUGGAAUUCUAUACCUAGUAAAGGUUUUGCCAUGCAAAAAGUGACAAAUAAGAUGUAAACACUUCUUCUUGCUCUUGAACUUGGAAGUUUUGACAGUUUAGAAACCAAUACCAGCUCUUUUGACAGGAAAUGUCACAAUGCGAUUCAUGUUGUGUUGAAAUAAGCCAUUAAUAUUUCAAAGAGUUUAAGGAUGCAAAUAAUUGUGAAAAUAUGUGUACUUGAAAAAAAUAAGGAUUUUUCCUAUUGAAAUUCACGAUUAUCCUUUUAAAAUAAGAGACAGACUUGCAUUUCUCCAAUUCUUGCAUAAGUGUUUGUUUUUCAUCACUGUUACAACUGUAUUGGAAUGUUGAAUGCACACGCUAUCACAGUGUAAAGUAAAUUAUACCUUGCACUGCAUGAAAGAAAGAGGAUUCUUAGAAGUCAUUGCAGUAUAUCUCUGCAAUUCUUUUUCUUUCUCAAACCAGUGCAUGUAUUACAUAAUGGUAUACGUUUUCGUAAUUGAAAGUUCCUUGCACCCAGCUGCAUAGUAGUCUGUGCGUAAAUAAUGUUAUACUUAAUUCUGUCCACAUAAAAAAGUGCAACCGUCCUUGUAUGGAUAUUAUUGUUAUUGAGCAAACAGAAAGCAAAAAGUAUUCAGUAUAUACAGUAUAAGGAAUUAUAUGAAUUUUUUUUUUUGGGGGGGGGGGGUUGUGUCUAAAUAUGCUUUCAUUUUAAUUUUGUUUAGGGUUAAGGCUAUAAACUAAGCUAGAUAAAUAUUUUCUUCUAGAAUUUAUACCGGAUCACCACAAAUUAGUGUUAAACAUAUUUUUCAUAAUAUUACAUGAUUUGUCAGUUUUUAAGAAACUGAACCGAAGUAAUAUGGAUUUGUUUCAUUUAAUUCCUAGUUCAGUUAAGUGUGUAACUUCUUUUCAUUGUUUCUUUUUAGUUCUUACAGAACAGAAUUUGGUUUCAUCUGGCGUGUUUACAGUAGCAGAGCUUUAUAACUAUGCCAGAAGUAAGUACCUUUAACUAAUGUAGCCAUAGAUUUGAGAUUCAUACGGGAUUAAACUUUUGUACGGCCUUCACAGAUACAAAGAGGAAAGAAGCUCCUGUCAUAUAUAUAUCUUUCAUUUAUAUGGGCAAACUAGUUGGUUCAUGGUUGAGGCAAAUGGAAAGAAAAAUUCAUGAAAGCCUGAAGUUGGUAUCAAUGAUGGCUGUUGACAAAUGGAACCUCAAAUUUCCUUUUAGAAAUUUCCCUCCAGGAAAACAGGACCAGAUGCUCAAAUACUCCUGAACAUUUUCCCUGGAACGAUGCAAAAAGAUGUGUUCCUUUUACCUUUUAACUGGAUUUUCCAGCAACUUUUGGUAAAUGGUAAACAACCUCUGAGUACUGCAAAAAUUUAGCCAGAAUUUUAGAAUCACUUGCAUAGUGGUGUUAUUUAUUAAAAAAUGUAAAGUUUAUCAAGUGAAUGUCUUGUCAUAUAUGUAUGUAGCAGUGCCUUUGAAGAACUGUCCUUUCUGUAGCGAAAAACAAACAGCGCUUUAUGCCAUGAGAACACGUCAUGAAGUAGCUUUCACGUCUUAUUGUGUACAUAUUAUUGAUUUACACAUACUACUCGACUCUAUCACAGUGUUCAUAUAUGGAAAGCAAGGUCAAAAAAAUUAACGUGCUGUGAAUCUCUACAGAAUUUAUUCUUACUGCAAUUUUAAAGCUCAUAAGGAAGUUUAUCUUAAUUUUGAAACAGAUCUGGAUGCAUGAAAAACUUUUGAGUGGCAUGCAAUGAUUCUUAAAUGAAAUGAAAGUUUAUCAUCAGAAUGUGAAUUACUUGAAUUAUGGCAUUGUGUGUUGUUUAACCAGAAUUUUAUCUAACUUUAUCCAAUACUUUUGUACAUAUACUGUAUGUGGAAAUUAAAUGUCACUAUACAGAGAAAAGAGCUCUUUUAAAAGAGCUUACUUUCGACAUGAACUUUAUAAAUCUUUUGAGGAUAAGGCAGGCCAAAAAGGUUGGGCAUCCUCAGCUCACAGUUUAUAUGUUUUGAACGCUUUCUUGGACUGAAAGAAGUGUAGUCGUCCUCUUGACUAACUGUAUCCAAUCAUUUAUUUUUGUUAUGUUUACUUCAAAGUUGUAAUAGUUUAGGAAACAAGCUAAAAUAGUACACUGCACUGAAAUGGUGAACUCUAGAACAUCUUAGAAGUGACAUGUGUAAAGAACAGGCUAGCUAGCUUUAUCAUUACUAGCACAUGAUAUUUCAAUUUUUUUUUGUAAUACACGUACAUGAAACAGGUGAACUGGAAAGUGAUUUCUAUAUUAAUUGCAAGUCACCUGACAUAUUAAACUGAACAGGAGCCAAUUUUAUUGUCAUUCUUAAUUGGAUACGUGCUUUUUGUAUGUACCGUGUGAUGUAAAAUUUUUACAGGAGGUUUUUUUUUUUGGCAGAUUGGCAAUUUUUUGUAUUUUGUGGCAACAAUAUUUGCGAUUAGGAAAGAUUGGUUUUUCUCGCUGGGAAUAAAUUUUCGCGAUUUCAGAAAGUCCUGGACAAAUCUUUGAUAAUAUUUUCGUUUUUACUGAGUACGUGCAAUGAGAUAAUAAAUAAUUACAUAUGUUCAGACAAGUUGUAGUUGAACAGACACAAUUUCUUAGUACUGUAUUUUUUGUAGCGAGUUUGAGUAACAGAAUAUUUACUCUGAAGUAAAUUUUCCCAGGAAAAAUAUUUGCAGUAAUUAAUUUUUGCAGACCGUUAGAAAAUUCACAAAAAUGAGAACCUGCAAAAUUCCAUGCCACAUGAUAUCAAGGCCAUUAAUAGCUAUAGCAAUAAUUUAGGGUGGAUUCAUUUGUAAUAUGUGAUUAUAGCAGUUACAUUUGCCUGUAAGAAAAAAAUUCCAAUGGGCAAAUGUGACAGCUAUAUUUGUAUGUUGCAAAUGAAUCCACCCUUAUUUUAAGUCAAAGGUGUGGAAAGUGUUUGCAUAAUCUUUCAAGCUAGAGAGGUUCAUUUUAAAAAUGUUCUACAAACUGAUACACUGUAUAAUAUGAAACUAAAAUAUGUAAAGAAAGUGUAGCCAUACAUUUUAUAUAGUCUAUAUAAAAAAAUUUUUUGUACCUCAAAUGGAUUCUCAAAAAUGAGUAAUGGACAUACGAAAUGUAGAAGUUGGCGUGUUUUUAGCACUCUUCCUUCUCUCCCUCUCGUUUGUUUGUUUGUUUGUUUGUUUAUUUCGUUUUUGCUUCACUCUUUAACACCACUCCUCAGUAUCUGAAAUUUUGGUAAAUAGAACUGUUAGGGUUCAAUUACAGACUCAAAAAUUUUAAUGACCUUUUAAUGACCUUCGUAGAGAGAUCAUGAAUAUUUAUUUUGGAACCACAUAUUUCACGUUAAUUUGCCACUUUGGUAACGAAAAGGGAACUGGGGCCAUGAUUUGCCCCACAAUGGUUUGUUCGAUUGUUGCUGGGGAUGCACCUGUCCGCCAUUGGCCAAUUUUUUGUUCUUGUCCCUCGCAGCAGUCUCAGAAGUCUUUGUGAAAGUUAACUUGGUCCGUAUUUCUUCUUGAUUCUUAAGUGGUGAAUUGUUGUUAUUUUGAUUUUUUUUCACUUACAGUUUUGCUUUUUCCCUCUAGCACCCAUCAAGUGUGUUGGGUCAUCACAUGGUCUUAUCUUAUCGGAGUUGGAGAGUCCAAAUAAUUAUGGUGAUUCAAGCCUUGAACAUCGGUUUCCAAAUGCAUUAAACAUUCACCCACGACCAGAAACAUUUGACCCUAGGUAUCGGAAGAGAAGUCGGACAAUUAGCUCAGUCUCAUCUGUGGAUGAAGACUGUGAUGAUGACGACAGGGACAGUACAGGGCUUUAUGUACAGUCACCAGCGAGCUUUUCAUCUCAAGGCUCUAACUGGCAAAAUGAUGUGGAGUCUGGUUAGUUUUCCUAAUUUCUCCCUUUUAAGUCCCAAAAGUGACAAACAUCAAUUUUCUCCUAACAAUACACAAUCAAGAGUAAAGGUUGUGCGAAUCAAUGAAAUAAUCACCUAAGAGAAAAUGCUUUGAUGAUCUACCAAAUUCUCUCAACUUAUUCUCUAAGGAAAUGUGUGGAGGUCAGUUUGGAGAAUUUGUAUGUAGAUAUUGGAGCUUAAAGGGUUAAACAACCUUAUGUCAAUCAUAAUAAAAUUGUAAGUGAUAGUAACAUUAACAACAGUAAAGCCAGCAAGUUGUCUUUAUAAAAUAAUGCACUCCCUCUUUAAAAAAGUGUCCCUUAUUUUUGUCUUAACCCUUUAAGCCCUAAGAGUGAUCAGGAUCAAAUUUCUCCUGAUAAUAUCGCUUCUUUGUAAAACAGAGUGGUCAUGAGAAUUACAGACAUGAUCACACAAGAUGAAUUUGCUUGAUAUUUUAUCAACUUCUCCCCACUACUUCUGUAGGAAAUGAAUAGGGGCAACAAAUGAGAAUUCAAAUUUUGAUCUUAGGGUUAAAUUGAAAUGCUUGGGCAGAUAGGUACCCUCUGAAGUUAUGAAUUUUGGCAGGUGAAGGUCAAUUUGAGCUUCAUUUUUGAGGAAUUGGUAAAUGAAAAAAAGUGUAGCCUUAUCAGCACCUUUUCUUUGCAGUAAUUAUUUGAAGUAAGUAAAGAAUUUAAUUAGAUUAUGAUGCUUAUAAUCACCAACCAAGACUUAAUUUAUCCUUAAAUGUUUGAUAAUUAUCAAUACAUCCUCUUACCUUCAAUGACUGGGCUUGAAAAAUUUAUUGCUGCCUUUGUAAAACAAAGGGUGUUCGUCUCAGAAAAGUACAAAAGAAUCUUUCAAGGUUAAAUGUGAUUUUGUUCUGUGUUCAGGGUCCAGUGUCAUUCAUUCCCCGAUGGUGCCAUUUCCUGCCAAGAUCAAGCCGGAACAAAACUGUUCAGGGUACAGCGCAAUGGAAAAUCACAAUUCUGUGAUAACCUGUUGUAACAUGAAUGAAUCCCAUUCACCCGCAGUCACUUCAUACGGUGGUCAAACCCAGCAGCCACACAGCAGGCCAAUGAGAGACUGCAAUAUGAAUGAAACACCAUUUAUCAUGCAGCUAGCAUCAGCUAAGAGUCAUAUGCCAUCAAGUUGUGGGUUUGGUAUGAACUUUCAGCAGCAGGGGUUUGCAUUUCGUCUGCCAAUGCCAAAUGCUCAUAUGCCCGCUGUAGGUAAGCUGUAUUUUCCUUAGAUGCUCUAAACACAUUCUUAAACUUUUGGACCAUUUAUAUUCUUUGAAGCAUUGAAAUCACUUCCAAAACCUUUGCUUGCCUCUUAAAGUUCUUUCAUCAAAUUUGAGAAAUUAUUCAAGAAUGAUAAGAUAAUAGCGAACUCUGCGUGCAACAUGGAUAGCAGAGAAAAGAAGAGGGCAAACCUUAUGUGACAAGCAUGACAAUAAUUUGGUUGGAAAAAAUGUUCUGCCAAACCUCUCCUUCCUUGAAACAGAUCUCUUUGAAAAAGAUCAGAACACACUAAUAUUAAUCUAAGGUCUUGAAAAAACAUGCAAGUAAUAGCUGCGUCAUGUUUGUCACAUACAAACGUUUUGCCGUCCUGUUGCGUAGGCUCUCUGAUAUUACUCAGAACUCAUGCUUAUUUUUUGUUUUUGUUUAUGUCAAAGGUUCUGCCCCAUCACGGACCGGCACGAUACCUAGUGAUUAUAUCCAGCUUCUGGAGCGGCCAAGAUCAAGUUCAGCACCAAAUGGUAGGCAUUUUAAUCCUGGAACGUCUGCAGUAAUACCUCCACCUUUGACAAGGUCACAAAGUGGUAACAGUAUUAUACAAAGUACUGGUGGGAACAGCGUGCCAACAGAUCCACGGAAUUCUCCAGGACACCAGCAGCAACAGUCUCCAGUGUCUACAAAUGCAAAUGAGACAAGCACUCCUUCUGGAAUUACUCUAAACACUACAGUUCAGAUUAUCCAGGUAAAUUUUCGAAGCAAUUCAAUUCUUUUAAGUAAAAAAAUAUUAAGAUACUUAAUAUUAAUAUCCUCUCCCCUUAUGAAUCUUUUCAUGAAUCAAACAAAUUCCACUGAGCGUAAUAAGGUUAAGAAUCCCAUCUGGCAGGAGGUGAACCAGUGGGCUAUUUACAAGUGUGACCAAGGAUUUGUAAUUGCAUCAUAAUCUCAUUUAUUCUUCCUGUCCAAAACUGAUCUCAGAAAAACUGACUUAAGCUUGUGGGUCCAACGUCUAAAUAAUGUCCUGUUUGCUCAUCCUGGAAAAAAUAGGCUUUCCCGAAGAGCAAGUCACAAUUCAUGCUCGCUUGCUUAAGACAAGUAUUUUGUAGCCUUGGGCAAACAAAAUGUGAGAGUCGUAAGGAAAUAAACUUUUUUAAAGCCCUAUGUGCUUUUAUUUACAGUCCCCAACAAACACCCCAAAUAGUGCAGUAACAACAUAUGGCAAUCACAGCAGUAACCAGCAUGUCUUCAGUUAUCCAAACUUGCCGCCUGGCUGUGUACCUGCUGUGAGUCCGUCAAUACCCAUGGGUCUGUUUACCUCACCCGGAAACACGAUAAGGGGCAGCAUCUCCACCCGCUGGCCGUCAUCAGUUCCUGUGGCACCUGUCUCCAGUGGUGCAAGUGUUUCUGAAGAGGAUUCAACAGAAUACAACCAGAUGGUGACUGGAUUUGGUGGGAUGAACCCUGAGGAGGGGAUGCUGGAAGGUUGGUGUCAGGUACAUUUUACACUCACCUUGUUUUAAUUAAGAGUUUGCAGAUUUAUUGUCAGUGUAAAGGGAACUGGCUCAGUUAAGCUUUUCAAGUUGGGCUUAGUUGGCUAUGUUACAUGUUUUGGUCAAAAUGACAUUAGGAGUCAGGGUGCGGCUGUGGUCAGAGCACUCGCCUUCCACCAAUGAGGCCUGGGUUUGAGUCCCUCGGCGUCGACACCAAACGUGGGUUAAGCUUGUUGUUGCUUCACUCCCCUCCUCCUAGACGUUUCUCUCUUGGUACUCCAGUUUUCACUUUCCUCAAAAACCAACAUUUGUAACAUUUCUGGACACAUUUAAACAAGUUCUGAAGAACUCCUAAGUGCUUCAUGGGCAAACAAAAAUUAAUCACAAUUUACAAUUAAGUCAUGUAAAUUCAGGUGAAAAAAUUAUUGUGCUUGACUGAUUCUCAAUGUGAAAAAUUUCAACCGGAAUUUAAUUUCAACCUUCAGGUAGACUUGAACUUAAUAAGUUAUUUUUUUGUUGAUUAUUUUAGAGAGGAGUUUCUUCCCAGUGAACAACACAGCAGAGUCAAUGGAAGUUUUGUCUGCUAGGAUAUCAACAUGAGGGCACUGCAAGCUAUCAAGCAAAUGAACAUUGAAGUCUGUCCCUGGCUAGUGUAUAGGAUUCAUCCUUCACAAGAUGUAAAUCCACCUUUUAUGAUUACCCAAUUAGUGGUGUGGUGAAAUAACAUGUUAUUGUUCAGUUGUUUAAAUUAGAACUAAACUUAAAUAGGAAUCUAAAUGGAGGAAAGAAGCGGUUGGACUGGCUUACCACAAAAAGCAACUCAAUCUUCUACCUGGACCAUGUACCUUUCAGAAAUCGUUCUGUGCCUUCAAAGUAAAACUGGCAUUCCCUUGGGAGUACCUGUUUUACAAAUACUGCUGCCGAAAUAAUUUGAUGUAGGACCCUUGUUACACUGAAGGUGGCUGUGUUAGUUGGUUUUUGAGUGUCAUUAACAGAUGUGGUAAUGAGCAAUGUUACAUCACAGAAUGAAUUAGAUUCUUGGAUCUUAAGACGUACCAGGAACUUCUGAUCUCGCUCUGUUCAGUAAUGUUUGAUAUUUGUAGCUAAGGCAACUAGAAAAGCUGAGAUUUCAAAAUUAAGUGGCUCAGCCAGACAGAAGUGUUGUGGUUUUGGCAUAUUUUAAGUUAUUGUUCUACAUGUAAAGAUACAUUGGCAUAAAAUAUUACAACUAAUUCAUGUACAGAGCAAAGAAUUUUUUAAAGGCUUUUAGAAUAAUAUUAAUGUUAUAGUAUCUUAUUUAUAAAUUGCAUUAGUAGAGUAUUUUGGAAAGUCAAAUUAUAGUAAGUACAUUCGCAGUAUUUAGAUUAUUUCCAUGCGUAAAAACACCCUAAUUAGUAAAAAUAGUUCAGACAGAAUUUAUAUAAUUAUGCUGAGGACACACCACUAACGUUAACGGAAGUCUUGCCAUAGGUGUAAAGCAAUGCCUUCCAGUCAUUGGGAGCAGAGGAGAGUAAAAAAUUGUUAAUAUGAAUGCUGUUUGUAAAAAAAAUGUGAAUUAUUUUCAUGAGGUUCAGAGAAGUGAAUUUAUUAAUCAUCGAAACAUGAUAGAGCAUUGUUUGCUGUAGGUUUUUUUGUACUCUUUAUAAACUGUUCGUGGUUUGUUAUAACACUGUAUUUGUUCAUAUAAAUGGCCAUGUAUGUUACAAUUAUUUCUAUUUGGAAUUUUUUGGAUGGUUUGGAUUAUACAUGGGUUUCUUUUUGAGAGUUUUACAAACCAUUUUGUGACUAGAAUCAGGAAAUUUUGUAAUUUUGAAAACUUUGGGUCUGACUUUGAUAUGUGUUGGCUACCAAUAGUGAAAGAUCAGUAUCUCAAAGAGGCUUGUUAUUGCAAAGUCUCUUGUAUAUUUUGGCGGGCCAUUUGUAUUGAAUAAGGUUGUUAUAACACUUAGGCUUAAAGGGUAAAACUUUCCAAGCGGGAAGUCUAUAGUUUUAUCUUCCAACUCUAAGUAAACAUUUCGGUUUUAAGUUACUUCAGACUUGGAAAAGUGUGAGUAUAAUUAUGAUUGUAGAUACUCACCAAACGUUUUCAUUUGUUCCUGCUGACUGAUUAAUUGUUAUUAACAGUCAAUCAGGAUUUUUGUAGCUACAGAUCAUUUGGUUCUGUAGUUUUGAUUACCUUAAUGUGCUGUAAAAAGCUUUUCAAAGUUCUGUUGACAAAUUGAAAUCAUAUUGCUUAAAAAAAACCUGAGACAAGCGCGCAGUUAUCAUCUUAGUUUUGAAUAACUUUACAGGGAUUUUUUUCAGCCUUCAAAUAUUUUCUCUCAUGCAGUGAUCUGAGUGCAUCAGAUUGACUGUAAAUUAAACACGACAUUCUCUCAAGAUGAUGACCUGACACAAAGUCUCGUCAGGUUUACUGUUUUUGAGGAAAACAUUGCUAUAAAACAACCUUAAUAAAUUGGUAAAGCUGUGUCACAAAAUUAUUAAAAUUCGCAUUUUUGAGCUUUGACGCCAUCUUGGCAGCUGUUACAGUUCUUCACUUGGUUGUUGGUUAGUCUGAAGGGCUAAGGAAUUCUAAAAAGGAAAAGCACUUGUACAGAUACUAAAGUGAAUGGUGGGAAAGAAAAUAUUUGAGGUACAGUAGAUGAAAAAGCUUCCUUUUGGCUUGCACAGAUAGCUUUUUUUGACCAAAUGAAGGCAUUUUGUUAUUCAAUAGAAAAAUUAACUUAUGACAGUGUCAAUAAUUGUUUUAAUUCUGAAACUGUUAAAUUGAAUCUAAAUCAUGUCGAUGCAAAAGAUAGUAGUGUUGAUGAAUAUUUAGAUGAUAUGGGAGAUAGAUAAUGUACACUAGGUAAGAAUAUAGCCUGAAAAAAAUGUUUUGCAGUACAACUGGGUCUGUACAUAGUCCAAAAAAAUGUUCUUGUUUUAUAGAUGUGAAAGUUUUGUAGACUAUAAAAGAGAUAGAGUGGAAUUCAUUUAUGAAAUAUGCUAGCACUGUACUUCUAAGCUGCUCGGAGCAGUUCUGUAGUAUCCUUGGUUGCAGAGAGAUUUUCUAAAAGGGCUAUCAAUCUAUUUUAAUAGGGAUGCUUUUUUUAUUAAUAAUAGUUUUACUACGUUAUCUUUGUAUGGGCCAUAUAUAUAUUAUAUAGUAGUUUUCAUAAGAUAAUCAAUCAUAGUGAUAUAUGAGACAUUUCACGUGUAUUCAUAUAAAAAGAAUAGUAGUUGAUUGACAGAAUGUCAUUAGUUUUUUACCUGAUUUGGCAUUGGAAAUUUUUGAAGCAGUUUGUAUGUUUUGUAUGUGAUUGCAGCACCUAUUUUGCAUCAGCUGUUUCUAUUUAUUGUUGUUUGAUAGUAAAACGCAUUAGCUUUAAAACUGCCUGUACAAUAUGUUCACUAGAAAACCAUAAACUGUGCUAUCUGCAUUUCAAAAAACUCCCAAGUUAUGGGCCAUUCCAUUUAAUAUCCACACCCCCCAUCGAUGAGAUUUUCCGAGGGGGCCUUGAAAGUUAUUUCUGACGGGCUGGCCGUGUUGGCAUCCUUUGAUCUUUGGAAUUUUUCUUAGGGGUAUGAGAGAAAUGGGCUAUUUCUGAGGGGUGGGACAGUGUCGGUACUUUUUCCUUAAGGGUCAAAAGUCAAACUACCUCAUCCAUAGGGGGGAGGGGUGUGGCUAUAAUGGAAUGGCCCAGUCCAAUCCUCAGCCCAGAAUGAAAGCAUGUCCAAUCGGUUUUAGCAUUCAGUAAUGGCGAUCAGUCUCUCCUGGUUCAUUGUGGUCAAUAACUUGUUUUUGGCUUGACCUGUGAUACUUGCUCUGUGCAGGCGCAUGGUUAGUCAGGGCUGUUAAGAACCGUCAUUUAAUUCUGGUUUCUUAGUCUGUUGUAUCCGUAGAAAGCAUUGAUUACUUGUUUUCAGACCAUGAAUACGUUUUUGUUGUUUUUUUUUUUGCAAGGCGACUUGAUUAUGAUGUCUAUGAUACUCUGGUUCAAUGAGCUGAGGAUUACUGUACUUACUCAAAUAAGUACGGCGGCGCUUAUUAAAAUUUCCACGCUUCAAAUGCAGCACUAAUUCGAGACUAUGGUAUGCCUGAAUUUUCUAACAUCACGAUAUGCUGAUACUACACGAAAUUGUUAAUUCGCUGGCUUUUUCUCAUUUUCCCGCCUACUUAACAUAUUGGCAUCGGCUUUGCUUACUUUUUUGCAUAGUGUAUAUCAGUUCUAAAGCAGAGGAGGGCAAUGGCUUUCAA